UCUCUCUCUCUCUCUCUCUCUCUCUUGUUGUUUUCUCCCAUGAAUCAUUCAUCUUUUCUUCAUUUCUUGUUUUCUGGGGAUUUCACGUUUGGGAGCACAUAAUGAAAGAACCAAAGAUGACGACGAUCACAGCAUCUUUGGAAAGGUCUUCACGAAACUGUACUCUAAACCAUAAAAAUGGCGUUGGAGAAGGAGACGAUGAUAACAAGGACCCAAACGGUGCCGUUUUCAACACUAGCGUCGAGGAGCACAACUCCCGUGUCUCCCUCCCUUACUACUGGGAAGAACAAUGCCUUGAUGUAAAGCGGAAUUUUACUAUAAAAAAACGGAAGGACUGGGUGGAACCGACGGAGGAUCCAACGACUAAAGCGGCAGCCGAAUACAGCAGAGAUUUCUCCUCCCAAGAAGACGACGACCGCGAUAUCUGGUAUGACAGUGAUAACUACUUAUCAUCGGAAUCAUCUCCUUCAAGGGAUUACAACAAUAACAGUAACAACAAGCAGCAUGGGGUACUCGAGAAAGAAACCGACAACGUCUUGGUGGUGGCUGGUUGCAAGAGCUGCUAUAUGUAUUUCAUGGUCCCCAAGAAAGUUGAUGAUUGUCCCAAAUGUAAUGGUCAUCUUCUUCGCUUCGAUCGAUCCCCAAGUAGUUCACCAUCAACAAAAUGAACCAGAUGUGUGAAUGAUUUUAGGGUUUUCAAAGAUUUCUAAAGUUUUUUUUUAGGUCUGAAUAAUGAGAU